AUGGUCCGCACACAGAUUUGGAUCAAUGGUGCCGAUCCCUUCGAGCAUCCGCUGCCGUGGGAGCAAGAGCUGUCGUCGAGCGAUAAGAUCAUCUACGCACUGUUGGCAGCGUCCUUUCUAAUCCUGCUGCUGCGGGUGAUCUCCGCGGGCGUCGAUGUUGUGAGAUUCACUGAGCCAGCUGCGCCUGCUAUCUCAGAAGGACCUUCGGUACCUUUCGAACCCCUGUUCUUUGGCUUCGCGGCUUUAGGCGUUCUGAUAAAGGUGGCCAGCAACUUCUCACUGGGCCUGCUGGCCGCAAAGUGGGUGUUGGCUGGCGAGCAGGUGGGUUUACCUUUACUCGCCUGCUUUUGCAUGGUGGCCGCCAACACCGAGCUGCUAGUGUCUGCAGGGCUGGUGUCCCACUUGCGUGCCAUAUUGGUGAAGCUCGCGAUCCAGCGGCAGGUAAAGAUCAAGUUCACCUGCAUCUCGCAUUUGCUCGGAUCGCAGGUGGGUAAAUUUUGCGUCAUCGUGAGCGCCGCCUCCACUGUGGUCCUGGUCGUGCACCUGUCGGACCACCCAUUGAAGCUGACAACAUGGCUGGGCUCCACCCUCGGACUGCUCCUCUGGGUCAAUGCGAGCUUUAAGAGCAUUGGGCUCAUGUCCCUGGAGGUGUGGGAGGAGAUCAAGCCCAUCAAAUCAUCGUCCGAAGAGAAGUCGGUGGUCGAAUUUGCAGAGAGCUUGUCACUCCAAAGCGGGCAGCAGGCGCGAUCCUGGUCUGACAUGUGGCGCUUCAAGCUCAGCAACGAGGAUGAGCUGCUCUUGCAACAUCGAUUACGCCUCAUGCAGCAUGCAUACCCUGAGCGCUGGUGGCUCUGGCGCAUCCAUGGCUUCAUGCUUGUGAGCUUCGGUCUGUUGAACGCCUGCGUGCCCACCGCGAUCAUUUGCUACUGCUUGUCUCAAGUUCCGAAGCUGCAGCACAUGGAGAUCGUCGGCGGGACGAUGCCGGACCUUCAACCGGGCCAGAGCGACUACUACAUCCAGCUGCACCGCACCUGGAAAGAGGAUGUCAUGCUGAUCAUGCUUUGGUCUGCGGUUUCGGGUACCGAGGAACAAUUUCCUGCCUACGAGAUCGGCCGGCUACCCACGGAUCCAGAAGAUUCCAGCUCCUCCAGCACUUACACCAUCACGCUGACUGUUUACACUCUUCUGGACAGGCAGGAGUUCGAUCCAGCGCAGUCAGGAGGGGCCCUGAAGCGCUUGAAGGAGAUCACGCAGCAGCGCGACGACCUUCUUCUGAAGGCAUACAACGAGCAGGAUUCGGUGGACAGGAACCUGGGGUCAACGAGUAAGGUGACGUUCCUUGCUGUUGGGAUGACAGGCACCGGCAAGUCCGAACUGUGCCGCUGGAUGACUGGCAAGGAGGACCUGUGCAUUCCCAGUAGUUCCACGAAGUCGCACACCAGCGAAGUCAUCGCUGUUGAUGGCAUGCCUUUCCGCGAUCCGAAGUUGCUUUCGAACAUUGAAUGGCUUGACACCCCUGGAAGAGGUGACACGAGGGGUUACAGCAAGGACUCGGAGCUGUGGAAUCAGACAGUCUACCAACUCCGGAACCGCGGUAGCCGGAACAUCAAUGCGAUCGUUUGGGUGCUCAAUGCAGCUUGGCAGCGUGGCACGGCUGAGCGGAAGUUGAUGCUACGAGAGCUCAGACGCACAUUUGGCAUGGAGCUAUACAGGCAUCUAUGUGUCGUGCUCAACUUCCUUCCUCAUCCUGCCAACAAGAGCCUCCAAGAAGAAGAGAUGUCCUUCCAAAAGAGGAAGUUCACUGAUUGGAUCCUGGAAACAGAAGCGGACAUGUUCAACUGGAGCACUCACCUUUUCGAGGAGGUGCAGAAACAAGUCAGCAGCCUCCACAUCUAUGGCAUGAGCAUUCAUCCCAAGUACUACGGCCAGAAGCCGAAAGAUCUGCCCUUAUCGGCUCCUCACCUCAGCAGCUUUCCUCCCUUCUCACAUCCGGUCGGCCUGGCUAGCUUGAUCAGCCUGUUCAAGGAUACCAGAGGGGAAAUGGGGAAGCAAGGCUACAAAGCCCUGGACCCCGGCAAUCUGCAUCCGCGCAUUGGCCCUGGUCUUGUCCUCUCUGGGAGCUACACCCGAACUUGCAAAGAUCGCAUUGCCCAUGUUACCAUCGCAGGGGAGGAUUGGCUUUACUUCAAGA